UAACAUGCUGGACGAAGAAGCAGACUUUGUGGACACAGUUAGCGCCAGCGAAGAUGAGGAUGAUGAGAAGAGUCACGCCAGACUGUUAGAUGCCAUUUCUAGUCUGGAUGGCAAAAAAGUCAACAAGAGAAGCCAGAGGACAGUUCCCUCCAAUGAAGUCUCAGAAUUUCACUUCAAAGCUUCCUCAGAUGACUCAAAAGUUAAGUUACAUGAGCUGGUGGGGACCCUGAAGAUGUCUGCCAGACAUGGCCCUCUCAAAACAAAACUCAACAAAGUCCAGAACCAGAGGGUGGUACCGGUACCGCUACCCAAACACCAGAAAGAGAAGAUUGAGAGAGGAGUUGCAUAUGGCAGAACAACAAAAGAGAUUUCUAAGUGGGACCCGGUGGUCAGAUCUAAUAGAGAGGCGGAGCAGUUACAGUUUCCUCUACAGAAAACAGAAAUCCACCUCCACAACAACACAGGGAAAUUCAAUCAUUUCAAACCACGUACCCCACUAGAAAUAGAAAUAGCAGCAGUCCUGAGGGGAAAUACUGACGACCUUCCGACAAAAAACAAGGAACUCACACCAGCUGAGGAGAGGGCAAUAGCAGCCAUGAGCUUGGAAGAGGCUAAAGAAAGAAGGGCAGAACUUCAGAAAUUUCGAGCUCUGAUGUCGUAUAAAGAGGCCAAGGCAAAGAGACAGAAGAGAAUUAAAAGCAAAAAGUAUCAUCGAAUAAUGAAAAAAGACAAACUGAAGCAAGAGAAGAGAGCAUUUGAGGAGCUACAGAAGAAUGACCCCGAGGCUUACAAUGAGAAACUGGAGGAGGUGGAGAGACAGAGGAUAGAGGAGAGAAUGAGUCUGAAGCACAGAGGAGGCAGUAAAUACGCCAAGAAACAGAUGCUGUACGCCAAGUUUGAUGAUCAGGCAAGGCAAAGAGUCCAGGACAUGUUACAGAAGAGUCGAGAACUGACUCAGAAAGUUGUCCCUGUCAGCGACAGCGAGGAGGAAGAGGAGGCUCAAAUUGACUCCGAGGAAGAGAUGAUGGCAAGAGAGUUAGCUGCCCUUUCUUCUAAUCCAUGGAUGCAGGUGCAGACACCCACAGCUCCAAAGUCAGAGUUUUCUCGUCCGCAGGUUGUGCUGAACAGUGAGGGACAGGAGGAGGAUGGAGAGAGUGAAAAAAGUGAGUCGGAGGAAGAAGCGGAUGUGCUGAAGAAGAUGGGGAAGGAGCUGAAGAAGAAGAAGCAGACUCUGGAGGCCAGCCAGGCAGUCAGUAAUGUGGAGGAAGGUAUUGAUGAAAUCUUCCAGAAGCUUGAAGAUAAACCGGAGGAUAAAGAGGAGAAGGUGGAAGUUUUUGUAAUGGAAGAUGCGAAGGGAAGUAAGAGGAAGAAGAAAAGGAGAAAGAAGAAAAAUAAGGUGGAGAAAAUGAAGACUGAGGAGGAGAAGGAAGAAGAAGUGGAUGAUGUUCCUUUGAUUAGUGAAGGAUUAAAGAGGAAGAAAACUCUGGAGGAUUUGGAGGAAGAUGAUGCAGAAUCAGAAGAGGAUGUGCCUAUAUCUUCCAGGACAGCUGUACCAAACACAGACAAUAGCUUCACUGAAGAUAUUAGAAAGGAGGAAGUGAAUAUAGAUCCUAAAAAAGUAAUUACAUUGGAGACUAGGUUAUCAGACAUUGUCAAUCCAAGCAUCACAAUGGGAGAUAAUGAAGAGGAAUCAGACGGAGAGGAGACGCAGAGGUCACUCAUCGCUCAGGCCUUCGCAGAUGAUGAUGUCAUUGAUGAGUUUGUAAAGGAGAAGAAUGCCAUUGUGGACAGAGACAAACCUAAGGACCUGGAUCUGUUCCUCCCAGGGUGGGGGAGCUGGGGAGGAGAGGGGAUAGAAGAAUCGAAGAAGAAACGCAAAAAGUUCUUGAUAAAAGCCCCUGAGGGACCCCCGCGGAAGGACGAUAAACUGGGUAAUGUCAUCAUUAGCGAGAAGAAAGACAAAGCUAUCAGUAAACAUCAGGUGAGUGAUCUCCCCUUUCCUUAUGUAUCAGUGGACCAGUAUGAACAGUCAAUACGAGCUCCCAUCGGAAAAACCUGGAAUCCAGAGACUGCUGUCAAAGAACUGGUGAAACCAAAAGUAGUCACUAAACUCGGCAGCAUCAUAGAGCCUAUCAAUAAGGCGGACGGACCAGAACUUCUUCGUCAGGUUUUCCUAGAGCGUGGGUGGAUCGAAUUUGAUGAGGAUUCCCAAGAAGAUUACGAUUGGAACAUCUGGUGGAGAACGUCGAGAUUUCGCAACUGUGAUUACGAUAACAUCCAGAAAUGGCAGCGAUUGAAUCAUUACCCAAAGUCCACAGGCAUCACCAAAAAGGAUUGUCUGGCUCGGAAUCUGAAGCGGAUGAAGGGGGUCCACGGAGCAGGUGUUUACAACUUUUGUCCCAUGACCUUCAACCUUCCCAACGACUACACACGCUUUGUUGCAGAGUACAGUAAACUAAAGCAAAAGCAGAAUGAUUCCAAAACUCUAUACUGGAUCUGUAAACCAGCAGACAUGUCCAGAGGGAGAGGCAUUUUCAUCUUCAGUGACAUAUCAGAUUUACAAUACGACUGCAAUGCUGUUCUACAACGAUAUGUAUCCAAUCCCCUUUUAAUAGGAGGAUACAAGUUUGAUGUUCGAAUUUAUGUGGCAGUGCCAUCAUUUCACCCUUUGACAAUUUACAUAUAUGAAGAAGGAAUUGUAAGAUUUGGAACAGAAAAGUUUGACUUGUCUGCUCUACAUAAUGUCUUUGCUCAUCUCACUAACACAUCUAUAAAUAAACACAGUCCAGCUUACACGACAGACAAGGAGCGAAUUGGUCCAGGGUGCAAAUGGACUCUCACCCAACUCCGCUAUUAUUUCCACCAGAACCACAUUGAUGACAGCGUACUCUGGAUCCGAGUCAUGAAUCUUAUUAUUCUAACUGUUCUAGUUCAGGCUCCACAAGUUCCUAAAGUAGAGAAUUGUUUUGAGCUGUACGGAUUUGAUGUCCUUAUCGAUGAGAACCUGAAACCAUGGUUACUGGAGGUAAACUUUAGUCCAUCUCUAAGCUCUGACUGUCAGUCUGAUAUCAUAGUGAAAAAGCCAUUACUACAUGAUCUGAUGGAUCUCAUGCAUUUCAAAGAGCAGGACAAGGAGAGAGGGGGAGAGGCAUUUAGGCAGAUGACCAGCAGGUCCAAGGCCCUCGAGACUGACCGCUACUCUUCAGUCAGUAGGACCGGCAGAAACUCGGCCAUGCAUAGAAGUUCAUCCAACUUCCAAAAAAGUAUGAGUGCUCUCAGCAAGCAACAGUCAACAGUGAAAGAGAGUACAUCUUAUAUAGAGCAAGACAACGAAGCAGAAAAGCAAAGGGAGGCUGAGAGGAUGUGUUUUGGACUGCCAUUGGUCAAUCCAACUGAGGAUGAAAAAAGGCCAGGCAGUGCCAGCUCUGGAGUUUCCAGUGCAGGAAGUGAAAAAUUGGAGGAAGUGGAAAAGGAGCUGAAACCUCGCAUUCCCAAAAGUGCCAGUGCAGGACAAAUUCAUAGAGAAAAGAGUCGGACCUCGGUGACAUUCAGUAUAGGACCGCCAAGUGCUAGGUCUGUGGUGAAAACUCCGAGUCUAACUGAUGUAAACAAUAACCAUCCCACUAGUCAAUCAGUGAUUCACACUACCAUUGGUCCUGUACAGACUGUGUUUGUGCGAAGAUCCAGUACACUUUCCUCAAAUUCCAAGUCACAGAGGGCUGAGAAAGCAUCUAUAAAAAGCUCCGCUACCUCUGACAGUGCAAUAUCAAGUCUCUACUCAGGGUCUGGGAGUGAGAACUCCGAUCUGGUGUCCCUACCAGAGGAUUCACGUCGACGACCAAAAAACAUGGUGUCCAGUCAACAGAGACCCAGUUACACAUAUGGACAGACCAACGACAGCAUAACAAACCUUAAGAAUAAACCUUCAGAACCAAAGAACACUUUACCUGUAUCCAUAGCAUCUAGUCAGUCCUCAUCUGGAAUAAAGUCACUUCGACCAAAUGGAAACUCUAAUGCCUUAAGAAAAAUUUCUUCCUCAGGGACUGUAACCCCAAAGCCAAGUUUGCACCCCCAGAGGACACUAAGUCGAGUGCAGCAGAUGAAUUAUGAAGCACCUUCAUCACAACGAGAGGCUAGAGCCUCCUUAAACCAAAGAAAUCCACAACGAAGCCAGCCCCGGCGAUUCACACCAGCCAACGAAUCUCAGGCACCUUUUGCAAAGGUGUCUUUACGAAAAUCCCAGGGUAGUAGGAUGGGAGAACAGGACGGAGGUCACCCAACACGUAGGAGCAUUAAUGGGUCACGUAUGAGCAUUCGUAACCGCGCCCAACUUAAUAGUCAGCAGGGGAAGUCAAAAAUCAAAGGUCCCCCAUCACGGGUCGGCAACUUCUACCUCGCAUUUCCUUUCAAUGAGGUCACCUACAAGACAGCCAAUGGGACACUAGAUGCUCAUGUUGUGAUCCGAGAAUCGCAGAAGAUUCUUCGGGAAGUCCUUCACAAUGUGGACAAAGCAAAGGGAGAGAAGAAGUCAGGGGGAUACCUGCCAUUUGGUGCCAAAGAAGAUUCAGAACAGGAGCGACUCUGGCCCCCGGUCAAACCCCCACCAGAAGUUACCUGAUCGGAUUCUAAUGAGGAGAAUAAAAAGAUGCAGGAAAGAGAGGAACCUUAUUCCCUUUGAACUAUAGCGGCCCUUUCACCUCCCCCGACAACCAAAGGUCGAGUUCUAUGGCUGAUGUUAAUACAUGUAUUUCUAGUACAUGACUGGUAAAUGGAAGAAGUGUUCAUGGGAAAAAUGUCUGAGAAAACCAUACUUAAUUUAGAUAAGAUUUUGGUCAGUAAAAGUAAUUUGGCUACAAUUUACAUUUAAAAACACCUUGCAUGUAUACCACCAAAAUGUGCUUUUUAAUUAAAAGGAUAUUCAAUUCAUAAAUAAAAGAUUAUUAAUUGUCAUUUUUAAAAUUUUUUUUUGAAAAUCCCCCCCCCCCCUUUUUUGUCAACAAACUGAAAAUAUCCUGAUAUUUUUUGCAGUUCCUCGACAUUUAAAUAGUGUUUCUGUCUUUUAAAAUACAUAAAUGGAAGGUGUAGAUGCAUUUUGUUCCAUUUCAAUGUUUUAAUUACUGUAUGAAUGUAAUUAUUGAGGGGUCUGAUUGUUCUGGCCUUAAAUGUUCCUUGAACCCUCUCAUUUUUACUUAUCAUGUAACUAUAUGAUAUGUAAGUGCUGAUAAAAGCCAGUACAUUUUUUAUGUUUGAAAACAAGCUGAAUGUUUAUCCAUUAUUUUUGAAAGAAAAAAAAAAGAAAUUUAAUUAAGAUCUUGCAACUGCAAUGCUUGAAAAUGGUCAAUUGGUUUUCUAUUUAUAUUAUGUAUUAAAAAGUGUAUUUUAUGCAAGUUACACAGGUGCAAAUAUUUAAUCAACGAAUUCAAAGUACCUUAGAUAUUAAUUGCUCAUAUUCAUUUCAUGAAUAACUGAAAAAAGAAGCACAUUAAAGUCAAAAUAAUUCAUAAAUUUGCCAUAAUUCUAAUAGUUUAGUCUUGACAUGAGUUAUCCCCCCUUUUGCAGCAUGUUUGAUUGAUAUGUUUUAUUAUAUAAUGAUGCUAUCUGUGUACAAAUAAGAACAAAAAAACAGAGACUCCAGAAUUAUAAAUACAUGUGCUUUAUACCUUCAAAUCAGUGCUUUUAAUUAAAUUUCUUAAUAUUUAUCAGCUGAAGUAAAAUAAGUUUGAUAGUGUAAUAAUGAUCAACCCCUAUUGUAAUCAUUUGUAUUUUUCUGUUAUUUGUAAGAGAAUUAAAUUAUUGUUCUUAGAAUACCAAGUCACAGAUGACAUGAAAGGUCGUGACCCCUGUAAUUUCAUGUACUGUUAUGUCAUAUUUUGUUGUUAAGUCGUUAAUCUAGUGGCAAUUAUUUUCGUAGUCAUUCUAUUUCUGUGAUGUAUCUAUUUCUGAUGGUGCUGUGUUUUUUUUUCUGUUGUGUAUAUCCCCCUUUUUUUUUUUUUUUUGUUAGUUGUUUUUCACUUUUUUUUCCCGAUUUGUUUGUGAAGCAUGGUGUAGAAUUAUAAGCAUUACUGAUAGUGAACAGGUAGCAAUAUAUUUUUUGAGAGCAGAAAAAAAUUCCACAAAUUCAACAUGCAAUCCUUGAUUGCAAAAUGCAUGAUCAUUUAUCAUUCAACCCACUGCAUUUAAUUUUUGUGUAAGUCUGGUCUCAUAAUUAUAUGACUUCACAGACAUUAAUAUAUAUGUAGUACCUUGAAUUUAAAUGUAACACAUGCUGUAUUUUUGAAAGCAUUUUUUUUUUAUGAAUUACCAUGAGCUUAACUGUGAUAUAUUUGUUUGUGAUAGCAAAUUAUAGAAUUAUGACAUGUACCCUUAGUCUGAUAAAUACAAAACACUGUAAAACAAAUAAUUUCUGCAGUUUUUGAAAAACAAAACACAUUUCACAAUAUUCAAAAUUCCUUUGCUAUAGCUGUUUGAACAGCAGAAAUUUGAAAGCACUCUAAAUUGAAUGCUACUUUUUCAGGAAUUAAAUCGAACCAAAAAAAAGGAGAAAAAUCAAUCCACAGAAAUCAUUUGUUUUACAACAUCUUUCCUUCAGUUGGAGUUUUAGGACAUUCCUUGACAAUUUGUAAGAAUUAAUUAUAAAUUGCUGCCAUCAAAGCCCAAGCUGUGAUAAUACAACGAAAUGACUUUAUGUCAUUUAGAAUAUCAUUUUAUUUUUUGAAGUCGCACAUUUUUCAGCAUUAUGAGCUUUCUGUCUACAUUUUUAUAAAUUCAGUCAUGGAUUUUAGAAAAUCAAUUUUAAUUGUUGUGUAAACAUAGAAAAAAAGUUCCUGAAUUUCCCUGCACAGAUGACGUUGUAUGAACUGUUAUUUAUUUAGAAUAUUAUACCUCCUUGUGUUACUGUAAUGGUUUGUGAUUUUGUUUAAAAUUUGAUGAUUUAAAUGUCUGUAUUUUAUUUAAACAAGUUAUACUGGUGGAUGUGAUGUGGCCGAUUGUUGAAAAGGGGUGGGGGGUUGGGGUUAUACAUUUAAUCACAUAGGAGAAUAGAUAUGCCUCCCAUCGCAUGCAGUAUGAUUUUUUUGAGUAUUGAUUUCAAUUUAUUGGUAAUAUUGAUUAUAGACAUCGAUCUAUGAUAGUCUUGUUUUUUGUAGUCUGACUUGGACAAAAUAAUUUAUAGCUCUGAAUUUAUCUAUUACAUUAACUUUAGUUCUGGUCUCCUCCUAAAAUAAGUCAGACUGUAAUCUAUAUUUAUACAUUGGACAAAACAAGACUGAUAAUCAGUGAGUAGUUCUGCCAUUUAAAAUUAAAACAAUAUAAAAUUUACCAUAUAAUUUUUAUUGGGAAAACAUUUAAAAGUUGUUACAUAAUAACCCUGUAGUUGGUAGUCUGUAAUGAGUUUUGUGCAGAAAUUAUGUGACAAUUAGCAGUAUAAUUAGUUAACUGUAAAUUAAAAGUUCAAAAUCUAGAAAAGUUUUACAUAAAAUGCAGAAGGAAUUUACAAAAGAUUUAAAACUGCUUCAUGAUCGUGGGACCAGAUAUCAUGGCUGUGUUCAAGACAAUAGCUGCUAUGUAGUUCUACAUAAAUGUUAUGAUCUUGAAUGCUAUGCUAGCCUAUGAUAGCCAUAACAAGCGUAAGAUCAUACAGUGCGUUUAAUGCGACUAACAGCUAGGCUAGCUGCUAUGACCUUGAACGCAGCCAAAGUCUGCGAUGUGUUAGUGCUCAUUUAGGAACCUUGGUCAGUGAUGAAGAUGUUCUCAGACUUUGUGUGAUUGUGUGCUCAAUAGAUAUACAUUACAUUUCCUCUGUCUAAGCUUUAAGACCAUCUCUAUUUAUUUAUUUAUACUUUUAGUUGUUAAUCAUGUUGUUUUAUUCCUCCUAUGUUGUCUUCUGCUUGUUUGACAAAUAAAUUAUUUUCUG